GAGCGACGCUUUUCGCACUUUUCUAUGUUCUGAACGCAACACAAAUCGCUUGUCAUAAAAGGGCCAAAAGCUAUGAGUGCGACAUGAGUUCGCCUGUGGACACAAUCGACCGCUUCGUGACUGCGGCCACAGUGCGGGACGUCGAGCGUCUUCACGGCCAACUCACAGACGCAUUGGGUUUACGUGAUUUGGUGGGUCGAGUGGCCUUUUUUCGGGAAUUGAAACGACUUUUGGAAAAGAAAAGUCUCGAGAAAUACUCCCGCGUGACAACAAUUCUGACAAAACUCGAGAAGAGGUCUCAACUCAAACAAUAUUCUUCUCAAGCGUUGUUCGGGAAAAGCGUUUUAGUAAUCGGCGGAGGAAUCAGUGGUUUAAGAGUUUGUUUGGAACUUUUGCUUUUAGGGGCAGAAGUGGUUUGCGUUGAAAAAAGACAAGACUUUUCCCGAAACAAUGUCAUCCAUUUGUGGCCUUCGGUUAUCGCGGAUCUGCGGGCGUUGGGCGCCAAACGGUUUUACGGCCAGUUUUGCUUCGGAUCUAUAGAUCACGUGGCGAUCAGACAAUUGCAACUGAUUUUAGUGAAAUCCGCGCUUUUGUUGGGUUUGAGAUUAGAAACGAAUACAACGUUUCGAGAGUUGUGUUCAAAACAAACCAAUCCUUCACUGAAUGAGUGUUCGAUUGGAUGUCAGUGUUGUUGUCAUUCGCAUUCAUUCCAAGAGGGAGCGUCUGCUCACUUCGAAACCACGGAUUCGCGAAAACCAAUCGAAACUCUCAACUCAAAGGCAUUUCACAUCAUUGUUGGCGCAGAUGGACGACGAAACACACUCUUCAACGACUUUCCCAGACAAGAGUUCCGCGGCAAACUGGCCAUUGCAAUCACGGCCAACUUCGUGCGAAAUCCCGGAUCCGAUUGUUCGGGAGUUAAAGAGAUUUCUGGCGUUUCCUAUAUUUACGCUCAAAAAUGGUUCGAAGAUUUGCGAAAAGAAACUGCGAUUCAAUUGGAAAACAUUUGCUAUUAUUUGGAUGAAACGCAUUACUUCGUGAUGACCGCUUCCAAGGCUUCUCUUCUCCACAGAAGAGUUCUUCGCAAAGAUCUCUUUGAAACACAUGCUUUGCUUUCCGCCGAUAAUAUCGACCAGGAAGCACUCUUGUCCUAUGCACGGGACGCCGCCCAUUGGACAACAGGAUUGCGAGGUCUUGAGUUCGCCCGAAACGGAUCCGGCGCUCCCGACGUCGCGCUCUUUGACUUUACAUCAGUUUACGCUGCAAAGAACGCGUCACGUGCUAAACAAAUUCAUACGCGUUGUUGCGUCGCUCCGGACGACGACGACGACUCGGCUUCAACUCAUGUGUUGAUGUUAUUGACCGGAGAUUCACUUCUCGAGCCGUUUUGGCCGACUGGAAGUGGUGCGGGUCGCGGGUUUUUGUCGGCAUUGGAUGCGGCCUAUUGUGCGCGUGAGUGGGCGUUAAGAGUGCUGUCAAUAGACAGAAAAGAAAAGGAAAAGCGUUUGAAUUCAAUGAUUGAAAUAAUAGCCGAAAGAGAAAGCGUUUAUAGACUUUUGGCUCAAACGACGCCUCAAAACAUCUCAAAAGACUUUUCUUUGGAUCCAAAGAUUCGUUACAACGAAUGGACUCAAAGUUCAAUCGCAGAAACAAGAAAACAAUGUCGUCAUCUCAUUGGAUGGAAACUCUCGCUUCCAAUCGUUCAAAACAAAAGAGCGCGCAGAGCUACUGUUGCCGUCACUGCACGUGAUCUCAAAGAGAGUCAACAAUUAACGCAAACCAAUGUCGAGACGGACGUCGUCCCGAACGACGACCAACACGACACACGAACGACGCGAACGACAAUUGCCACUAAAGCCGAUUGGUUGUUGGGUUCGCGCCGCGAAACUGCGACGGCGUCUACUCGACCAAUGUUACCGAAAAUAGCGAUUGUAGAGAAGGCGCAAGAAUUGGAAGAAAAAAUGUUUUCAGAAAAGAAGAAUUUUUUUGGAAAAUUACAAAAAGUGGGAAAAAUAGAAGAAAACGAUUGGAAUGUCAGGCCUUGGAUUCGAAAGACUAAUAACGAGGCUUUCGAAAAACGAUUGGAAGACAAACCAAUUGAUCGGAAAAACGUUUCAAAAACUAUUCUUGAAUCGAGAAAAACACAAAUCGAAGCAAAACUACGGGACGACAACCGGACGACGCGAACGGACGACGACAUCAAAAGAGACACUCAAAAGACGACGCAAUGGAUUCAACGCAUGCGUGAAGAACUGUCGCAACGAUUCGCUCCCGAACUUCAUGUCUCGCGAACAGACAUUCGGAAGACAGAAGAAGAAGAAGAAGAACAACAACAAAGUUCGAAAUCAAAGUGCGUUCGGUGCGGAACUGAAGUGUCGGCCGUCGAAAGGAUUUCAGUUUCCGGCGAUGUUUUGCACCGAUCGUGUUUACGUUGUUCUAAAUGCGGAAUAAGUCUUCGUUUAAAUGAAUUUCGAAACGAAUUGCGAUUUCUUUGCAUUUUUUGCGCCAAAAGUGAGGCCCGAAAUGACCCGAAGAAGAUCCGAGCCAAAGAACUGUUUUUGUCUUCAGCCGAAAGCGUCGAUUUCCGUGAAAGAGCGCAUUUCCAGUCGUCGUCUCCCGAAUUGCAAAUCGUGUCCAAAACAGCGAUUAAUGAGAAAUCAGAUUCAGAUUACGAAGAUUCACCCGUCGUUCCGGACGACGGCAUUCUCGAGUCGUCAGAAGAAAGCAGUAGUCAAUUGUCGAAAGAGACGACGGUUUCGGACGACGACUGGCAGACGACUGACGACGAAAGCGACGUUCCGGACGACGAACCUUUGCCGUCCUUUAAAAGCGAAUCUCCGCCGCCUAUUCCGUCCAUUUGCGUGACGCGCGAAUCUGCCGCAAAUAACUUGGAUUUAAACGCAGACAUCGCUCUCAACAAUGCGUUCGGCGAUCACAACGACAACGCGUGUUCGCACGUGACGCACAACAAUGACCUGAUUCGCUAUUCGGGAGCGUUUACCGAAAAGCUGUUUCGCUCGCGAUCGCAACCAAUGAUUGCCUUUAGUCGUCGUUCGAGACGACACGCGGACGACGUCCCGGACGACGACACUUUGCCGUUCGCCGACGUGUGUGACGACGCGACCGCCGCUUUCAGUCCUCUGCGAGCGGUGCGCGCGCCGAUCAUAGACUUCGCUGACAUUUAA